AAAACUGUUCUGUGAAAGAAAUAGGAGCCUUAAGGCCCACCAGAUAUCGAAACUAGCAUUACCUUCCUUUUCCUUUUUAACUGUGUCCCCAGGUGAAAGAGACAUAGAGAUUGAUGAUAUGCAGAAAUUAAAAGUGGUGGAAAACUUCAUCUAUGAGAGCAUGCGAUACCAGCCUGUGGUGGCCUUGGUCAUGCGCAAGGCCUUAGAAGAUGAUGUCAUUGACGGCUACCCAGUGAAGAAAGGAACCAACAUUAUCCUGAAUAUUGGAAGAAUGCAUAGACUGGAGUUUUUCUCCAAGCCCAAUGAAUUUAGUCUUGAAAACUUUGAGAAGAAUGUUCCUUACAGGUAUUUUCAGCCAUUUGGCUUUGGGCCCCGUAGCUGUGCAGGAAAAUACAUAGCCAUGGUGAUGAUGAAAGUCGUCCUGGUGACACUUCUGAGACGAUUCCAUGUGAAGACAUCACAAGAAGGGUGUGUGGAAAGCAUACAGAAAACAAAUGACCUGGCCACACACCCAAAUGAGAUGGAUGACCUGCCGAAAAUGAUUUUUACCCCAAGAAAUUCAGAGAAGUGACUCAAACCCUAAAGAAGGCUGGUCAGUACCUAAUCCGGAGCAUGUCUCAUCAGUUCACAUAGGAACUAUCAUUGUUCAGGUGGUGUCAUCCUCACAGUGAACACUCUAGACCCAAGAUGUUACAUAUGCCUACCACCUAUGGCACGUCAGCAUGACGAUAACCUUCCUUCAACCUUCUACCCUUGUCCAAACCAGAGAACCCAGGUGCAAGAGAAAGGAGUUUGUGGGAGAAACGGUCAGUGAAAACAAUGCAGCACUAAACGAUAAUCUCCACAUGUGCUUAGGGAAGAAGAGGACAUCAGCAAAACCUAUAUGUUUCCUGCUGGAUCUCCAUUGCCCUCACCAAUGUCUGAGCACUUGGGGCCUAACAUGCCUGCUGGGGCAGAUGAAGGAGCUUCCACUUGUUUUUUGGUGGCCAGGAUGGCAACGUUCAUAUCCUCUGAUUACUCAGAAAUUCAGCAUUUGACUUUUCCCAAGAGUUAUGUCCAGUCACCUCAUACGUGUCCACAUGUGAUCUUUCUGUGAUAAAAGUCAAGUCCCUUUAGUCUCUCAAUUCAUGCCUCAAACGCUCGCCACUGCAAAAGUAGGUAUAGAUUUGGGUAACACAAGCAAACUUAGUGACAGCCAGAAAAAAACAAGACUAGGACUCUAUAUGCAUUAGGGGAAAACAAAACACAAUGUACUUCAAAUUCAACAAAAAUCCUUUUUGUGUUUGCACUGUUGCUUAGCUGCAUUAGUGUGGCUAAGACAUGGCUUUCGAGAGUGACAUCACUCUUACAUGGCCUCAGUGGUUUCAGGAGGCAAAGUCAUGUAAAUCCGUGUCUGCAGCUACAGCCCAGUAUAUUCUGCCUUCUAAGGAGUGCUGCUCUCUCUUGUUAUCCUUCUCCCUUGACAGUGUCUCCUACCCUUUCUUUCCAUGGCCCCAAAAGUUAUGGUCAAAAGAUCAGUAGAACCCCUGCACAUCAUUUCUUAAAUCCUACCUCUGAUUUUUACAGAUUUAACAAGUAUUCAAUCUAUUCAAUCAUUGUAUGUAGCCAUGGAUAAAAUGGACACCUUGGAAUUAGCUCUCUAGAAG